AGCUGGGCAGCUAGGAUCUGGGCUCCAUGGGCACUCUGUAACCCUCACAUGCUUCUUCAUGCAUCACAGCGGGGCUCAGGCUGGAGCCAAAUAUCCAGAAAUCAAGUCUCUCAUGGGACCGGACCCUCAUCUCAAAUGGGUCGUCUUGGCGAUGGUUGCUGCUCAGCUUGCGGUCUGUCACCUAGUCAGCGGCUUGGCUUGGAAAUGGGUCUUGUUCUGGGCGUACGCAUUCGGCGGGUGCGUGAAUCACACGCUGACCUUGGCCAUCCACGAUAUCUCCCACAACGUUGCCUUCGGUAACCGGCAGGCAAAAUGGAACAGGUGGUUUGCGGUGAUCGCCAACUUGCCAAUUGGCAUGCCGUACUCUGCGUCCUUUAAGAAGUAUCACAUCGAUCACCACCGCUAUCUGGGAGGACACCACCUGGACGUGGAUAUACCUACAGACUUUGAAGGGUGGUUCUUCUGCACCCCCUUCCGUAAACUCCUGUGGCUGAUCCUGCAGCCAUUCUUCUACGUGUUACGACCGCUGUAUAUGAAUCCGAAACCCAUCAGCAGGAUGGAGAUAUGCAACGCCAUCGUCCAGUUCUCUGCUGACUUCUUGCUGUAUCGGGCGUGUGGCCUGAAGCCUGUGGUCUACCUGCUGGCCGGCUCCAUUUUCUGCUUGGGCUUUCACCCCAUCUCCGGACAUUUUAUUGCAGAACAUUACAUGUUCAUGAAAGGACAUGAGACCUAUUCCUACUACGGAUCCCUGAAUUUAAUAACUUUUAAUGUCGGCUACCACACAGAGCAUCAUGACUUUCCCAGCAUUCCUGGAAGCAGACUGCCCAUGGUACGGCAGAUCGCUUCAGAGUAUUACGACAGUCUCCCUCAGCACCAGUCUUGGGUCCGGGUUCUAUGGGAUUUCAUUUUUAAUGAAGAAAUUGGACCUUAUUCGAGGAUCAAAAGAAAAUGCAAACUUGCAAACGCGGGAUAGCGACGUUCUGCUUUCACUGACGGAGCGUUUUACGUGCGGCCUUUCAAGCUGACAGCUGACACUGUGCAUACA